UCUUCCACAAAACAAUUGCUGCUUGGUCACCAUACCCUACCAUUCUCCUUCCCCACCCAUUUACCGGCCAUGGUGGUGGUGCCUGCCGCGCUUCACUCCACCACCGCCCCUGCCUGCCACCGCUGCCACUCUCCAUGUGCCCCAAUCACUGCAUCUGGCUCCACCUCCAUCUAUCCCGGCAUCCAUCCCCUACCUCCUCUGCAGCUCUCCCCUUAAAACCCACCUCUCAAGUCUCCGUUCCUAUAAAGGCUCACACCCUGCAGCAGCUAGCUCCGUCCAACGCACACAUUUCACCUGUAAAGCUAGCAAGCUCCGAUCCCUCAUUUCUUUCCUCAAAAUCUCAGAUCAGCAUCUCAGUGAGAAACCAGUUAGUUUCUGCGUUGAUGUGUUCCAUAUUCCCGUCGCAUUCGGUCGUCGGCGUGUCGGCAGCGCAGGCGGAGGAGGAAGAAGGCGGCUUCCGGAGCCCUGAGAGCAGAGCCAGCAUGAGCGGCGGCGGCUCCCUGACCUCCCCUUCAGCACCUGUCUGCUCCAGAUCAUGGUCUAUAAGUGAGGACUCGCUGCGGCGGUACGUGAGCUACGCGAGCGAGAGCUGCAUCCAGGAGCUGCUGGCGGCGUCGGACUCCGGGCGGGGCGGUGGCGGCGACGACGGGUGGAAGGUGCUGGUGUACCAGAACGGCGUGGAGAUAUCGAAGCGGCGGGCGGGGCCGGCGUACGUGUUCCGGAGCCGGUGGCUGCUGCAGGACGUCUCGCCGGAGCAGUUCAUGGCCGUCGCCAACGCCGUCGACGCCGCCAAGCAGUGGGAGUCGGACCAGCUGGUGGAGGCCUCGUACAUCAGGGAGCUGGGCGCCGACCUGAGCAUCAUCCACCUCAAGUUCGGCGACGCCUCCCCCUCCGCGCGGCGCCGCCGCGACCUCGUCGUCUACGAGCGCCGCCAGGCCAUGGACGACGGCACGCUGGUCGUCGCCGUGGCGUCGCUGCCCAAGGAGAUCGCCGCGGGGCUGCUGCCCCCGGCGGCCGGCUGCAAGGGGGGCGCCGCCCGGGGCGUCCUGCUGCAGUCCGGCUGGGUCCUCGAGAGGCCGGACGGCGGCGACUCCUGCGGCGGCGGCGGCGCCACCUGCGUCGCCACCUACGUCGUGCAGCUCGACCCCGCCGCCGGGUGGCUGCCGCGCUGCCUCGUCGGCCGGCUCAACAGCAAGCUGGUCAUGAUCAUCGCCAAGCUCAGGAGGAUCGCGCAGGACACCGUUGCCGCCGCCGCCACCGGCGGCGAGAUGUGAUGCCGCCGGCCGGAGUAAAUAUUAUGGUUUUUGGUAGGAAGACUUUAAGGAGUUCAUGCAUGUCCAGGGAUGCUGAGCAUCAAUAUAGGUGCUGUCAUACUAUAUGUGAGUGAGAAUGUGUGUCUGCAAACGGCUGCAGAGUUGUAACAGCCAUCUGCAGGACAGGUUAAUUUUGAUCUGCUUAUACAAUAUAUAGGGAGUAAAGUAGCAUCAAUUUUGUCAUGCCAUUUUUCGUAGAACAAAGUUUGCGUCCUAGUCAA